AUGUACCGAGGAAAGGUGGCCAGCACAGACAACAAUUCCUUUGAGGCCAUGUAUCAAACGCCCUUGCACGGAAUGGGGGUCCUCGUUUCUUUGCUGUGCCAUCAGCCACAGUCCGCCGGACGAUGUUGUCACAACGAUGACGAAAGCAGAAAGGCGCAAAAGAUUCAAAAACAGCAGAAAAAUCCCACACGGGAAGUGUUGUUGCUGUUUGCGUUUACCCGUACCUUCCCUAAAUUCGAGUGCAUCGUGAUAAAACCUGACAAAUUCGUGCGAUUUGCAGCCAGUGGAAGCACCAAGUUAAUCAAAAUGUCGAUCUGUAAGUUGCUCUUCGUGGUAGUUCUGUCGUCAAUCCUGCUCUGCUGUCACACAUCCAGUGCCGGUCCGGCGCGCCAGUUGGCCAGCCUUGCGGUGCGUGCUUCAAAGAUUCCCCGGUCCAUUCGAGCACCGUUUCGCAACACGGAAAUGAUGACUGCCAGGGGUUUCGGCAAGAGGCGAGCACCGAUUGGGGCCAACUACGGAGGAGGACCGCCGGCCGGAAGUGGCAAGCACCCUCUGGAUGAAUCAUCUUGGCCAUACGAGAAGCGAGAAGUGAGCAAAAUUCUUGACGAGCUGACGAGUGAGGGUGCCGAUUCAGGACAGAUGGUUAACGGCGUGGAGUCGGAAAGCUUUCCCUUGGAAUGGUUUGCAAACGAAAUGUCCACCAACCCAGUGCUGGCCAGAACAAUAUUGCAGCGUUUUGUGGAUACCAAUAAGGAUGGACAGCUGACCACCAAUGAGCUGAUCGGACCGAACACCGGAGAUAGCAAUGAUUUGUUCUAAUUCAGCCGCUACCGGCCUGUGUAAAUUGUACCUUCUUGUAGUUGAUAAAUUUCGGCACAAAAGUCCAUUUCAUCGUUUUCAGCUGUAAGCUUUCUCCCACCGACACACACCCCUGAAGAAGAAUGAUGACCGAAUAAUUAAUUCGAAGAUGUCAUUUGCAAUAUCUUGGAGCCCGCAGAUUCUUUCGAACAGAAUGUGUAAUCGUCAAACCAUUUGAGGACUGCAUUGGUUCCGCAGAAAUGAGUUCGGACAACUGUAUGACUCUUGUAAUAUAAGAAAAAUGUCAAUGUAAAUGUUAGCUUUCUCAUUAUUUAUUCUCAGUGGAAGAACUUUGGAAAUAAGGAAUAGUAGCAUUAAACGUUGUUUCGUUAAAUUUUAGAGCCUUUUUACAUGGUAGAGUCAAAUUAAGCAGAAUAAUUUGAUAUAACAGAGUGUGUUAAGAUGACUGAUGGCGAACUCCUGACAGAAGGCGAUCGUUGAAACGAAUAGUAAUAAUAAUGAAAAAUGUAUAUUUUCACUUGAAACUGAUCUAAAGUACGAAGCUAAAACCGAUGUUUGAAAUCUGGGAAUUACACGUAUAGGGCUGGAUAUCGUGAUAUUUCCAUGUUUUCCACAAGAAAAACAAAAGCAUCGAUUCACAAAACCGCAUGCAAAAGCAGUCAAUUUUCGGCGCAGAUCAGUUUUGAACUUGUUUUCAAUGUGGGGAAAUAAUACUUUCCGCACAAGCCAAUGAUGUUAGCUUUUAGUUGGACAGACUUAAGAUGUAAUCGCAAUUCAAGUUAAAGGAGAGACGCUACCUAAGGAGAUAUGAAAAAUCCCAGUACUGUAAUAUACAUACUUACACAGCAGUAAAGUUAUACUUCGCAAGGAAAACUUACAAAAUGCAAUUGAAAAUAAAACUUGAGAAUUAAUGUAAAGUGAUAUUAA